GCGUCGAGUGUGGCCGAGUGUUACCGAAUAAUACCGAACGGCUCGAUAGUAUAAGCAGAAUAAGAGAGAAGGAUAGGAAAAGGCGAAGCUGUACGGAGAUGCACGAGAUAGGAGUCGGAGCAAGUCGGAGGUUUCGGAGCAGAUCUCGGGCCUGCUCGGCUCGGGUUCGGAGGACGUUCGCGGUUCAGACUGUUCGGAGUUGGUGAUGAGCGGACAGUCGGGCACGCGCGACUGCGAGUUGCAACUCUGCGAGGCGAAGCAAUCGUGAGUGAACGUGUGUCGCGCGCGUCGCGUUCCCCGCGCUUUUCGUCCAUGCGUCAAGUCACCGACGUGCCUCUCUCUCCUCUUUUCUUGUUAUUCCUUCACUCGUUGCAUCGCGUAAAAUCGCGUGCGCCGUUACAAGCAUAUGUAUCAUGCAUGUGUUGCAUCACGCGCGUGAGUGUCCCGCGAUGAUCGCGUUGCAUGCAUCUUUGUUGCAUCCGUCACGUGGAUUAUCGCCGGUCCAACGGAACGGACGCGCCGGGGGAUUUUUGUUCGACUGCAAGUGAAUCCCGUAUAUACGAUCGACGAAAUCGAGAAGGACGCAUUGUAGCUGUUAUAGAAAUGCUGAAGAAUUGCCAAGAUAUUGUUGUACGGAGAUAUUGUAUGUUCUCCGUUACUCUAAAGUUUACGUAUCGCGCGUGAUGCAUAUACAAUUGGUAAUAUCUGGAAAGAUCGAAAUUAUCUUCAUGAAAGAAGGAUGCAACGCAUCUCAUGAAGACUGAUAAGAUGAUAGAACGGCUCGUCUUACAAAUAGUUGACACGGUGUCGUGCGUACGUCAUUGAAAAUUGAAGAUCGCUCCUUCGAUCGGGGGUGGUGGCGAUGUUCAGGAACGAGUAUUUAAGCAGGACACGGAACUACGCGAGAGCUGUUAAGAAAAGGACCGUGGUAUAGUCUAGUCGGGCUAUUAUGACGGACUACUUGGAUCCACAUUUUGUUCGGGCUCUCUGCCGUGAUCCAGAAAGACGGACCCUCCAGGACUUGCAAAUCAUAUAUUAUGGGUUACUGGGUCUGGAGGCCUUACGUCCAUGUAGAGACUCCGUCCUUCGCGGGCUCUGCAAAAUUGUACGUUACGAGAGACAUCAUGCGAACCAUGUCCUCUAUUACACCGGCGAGUUGGCUACAAGUUGGUAUAUACUUCUUUCCGGCUCUGUAUUCAUCGAUGGAUCCAUGUUCCUCCCUCGUUCAAGUCUCACAGUUAUACGCGAAAGCCAAAAUAGGGAGGAAAGGUCAUAUAUAUUUCUAGACAUUCAACUGACAUUUCCGUUAAACGAAGACACUCAUAAUCUAAUAUAG